GUCUAUAAAUAAUUCGAACUCCGAUUCCAAUCGCUCUUCGUUACUCACAUUCCCCCUUCCAAGAAAGCCGAGAAGCUCUCCAAAUUCUAGAGAGAGAAAGAGAAAGCUAGAGGAGAAAUAGAGAUGGUGGGAUACAGCGAGCCGUGCCCGUGCUGCGGCAACAAGCGGCGGCGGCCAGCCUUGGAGCGCUGGGAUUCGUCCCCCGCCUCUUGCUCCGCCGCCGCCCGAUCCCCACCGCCAGUGAAGUUCGCGCGCUCCGCCUCCGCCCCGUCUCCCUCCGCCGUCGCCUUGGCCACCGCCAUCCGCGCCACCAGUCCCACUGCGGCGCCACCAGCUCCGCUCGCUCCGGCCUCGACCUCUUCCGACCUCCCAGCCCCAGCCCCGUCCGAGAACGUCCCCGGCGGGCCGCCACUGCCGCUGCCCCUGGAUUCUCUCCCCGAUCCGACGCCUCCGACCACCUCGAUCCCCGCGCCGGCGGUGGCGAAACAAGAAGUCACGGAGAAGAAGGAUGAAGAAGGGGCGAAGGAACUGAAAGAGGGAGAGAAGGAGAGGAAAGAGAUGGCAAUGGUUUCGGGAGAAGUGGAAGUCAGGAUCAACUUCAAGUGCUGCAAGUGUGGUAACUCCAAGGCAGUCGUUUUUCCUUCAACCGACUCUCACUAGAGUCACUUCAACACACACACACACACACACACACACACACACACACAGAGAGAGAGAGAGAGAGAGAGAGAGAGAGAGAGAGAGAGAGAUGUUAAGUUUAUCAGUCUUGUUAUUGUGUUAUGUGAUGAAUCUAAUACAAUUGUAGACAUGAUAGAGUUGAACUGAUUGAUUAUUUUUUAAGAUUCAUAACAGAUUCAACUCUUACGGAGAAACCAUCACUCGCUAUAGUGUAUCUUGUGAAGUUUUCUUGAUUCUUGAAUGUGGAAUUUUUGUAUAUCUUUCACUAAUUGUCUUAGUAUGAUAAAAGAUUGAUGGACGAAUUGAAUGCCAUCAGAUGUGUUUUGCAGCAGUCAAUUGCUGUGAUCAAUUGGGUUAGGUAGUUGGAGCUGCAGGUUCAAUGCUCCAUGAAGGUCACAGGUUCCUCAGCCUCAAGAACUCCGGAAACACAUGUUACUGUAACAACAUCGAUCUUGCGGGUUUGGCAUCUUUCUUUUUAUUUUGUUUUUUUUAAGCAGUCUG